AGUGGGCUCCUGAGCGUCCAGCAUGGGCCGGGGCCGGGGAGGGCUCCUUCUGCGGCUUUCCAUGCAGAGAUGUUUUGGAAAUCUGGAUCCUAACCCUGAACCUCCGCCGAGGUCACUGCUGUCAGUUCACCGCCCUGCGAGCCAGGCGCAAGGCAAAGUGGCAGGAGGAUUGGUGGUGGGGAAGAAGGGCGGGAUACUAGAAACGGCUUGGCCCUUACCCCUUGGGAUCUUACAGCCUAGAAUUAGACACGGUCACAUUUUAUUGGGGUAAUUCAGCAGAGACUCCGUGGAGGAAGUAGCAAAAGGGCAGUAUUUCUUUUUCCGAGAAUGGAGGGUAUAAAGAAGAACGGGUAUUCCGAGCUGAGAGACCUUCAAAAGCAAGGAGGUGGGAGGUUGUUCGCAUAUUUUUUGGCUAGAGUAUUAGAAGCUAAACCAGGGAAGGUAGGUGGGUGCUGUGUUGGAGAGAACCUUAGAUUCUAGACUGAGGAGUUCGUACCUAAUUCAGUGGUCUGUUGGGAGCCAUUGGAAGUAUUAGAGCAGGGCGAGUGAUAGAAUUGGAGCUGAGCCCACCUGUGUAGCAUUUUGGUGAAGCUGGAGGUGGAGACUCAUUAAGAGGCCAUUUCGAACUAGAAUUUAAACGUUUUAGAGAGACAGGUUAGAUGAGAAUUAAUAAAAUUCUAAGCAGGGCAGGUUAAGGGGAAUUGGGCGUGAAAGGCAGAGUAUGUUUGAAAGACCUUACUCAAGGAAGGCACGGGGUUAACUGCCAUGUCAGUGGAAAAGAGUAGCUCUUUCACUCUAUGCUGACUGCAGGCAUUGGGCACCUUUCUGUCCCAGCUGGUCUCAGGGACCACAAAAAUUCUGUCCUUCCGUUAUCCUAAUGUGAAGCUGGUUACAUUGCUCCCUGGGGUUUAAGGAAUCUCCAGACACUUCCUCUGGCAGGAAACAGGUAUGAACAGGCUAAUGAAGGGCAAACAGGAACAAAGGGCCUGGAGUCUCAGUUCUCUUGCCCUCGCAUUCCAACCUCUUCCCCCUCCCCCCCACAAAGGGUGGAUAUUGAAGCACACAGUAGUGCCUACCUGUCCCUCUACAGGAGGGAGUGGGGUGGUUUGGGAUAGGAACUAUGGAGUCCAGUUUGUUUCUAAGCUAAUCUUAUGCAUUGUCUCAUUUCCACUGCCUUCAACCCUUAGGUUUUGAUAAUGCCUCAGGGCUUAUAAGGCUCGGUGUUUCCCUUUCAAGAUGUCCCUCUCAGACUUUAUUCUGGCCCUGAAGGACAAUCCCUACUUUGGGGCUGGAUUUGGGCUGGUUGGUGUGGGCACAGCCCUCGCCCUGGCCCGGAAAGGUGCCCAACUGGGCAUGGUGGCAUUCCGGCGCCAUUACAUGAUCACACUGGAAGUCCCUGCUCGAGACAGGAGCUAUGCUUGGUUGCUUAGCUGGCUGACCCGCCACAGUACCCGAACUCAGCACCUCAGUGUGGAGACUUCGUACCUUCAGCAUGAAAGUGGCCGCAUCUCCACCAAAUUUGAAUUUGUUCCCAGCCCCGGAAACCAUUUUAUCUGGUAUCAGGGGAAAUGGAUCCGGGUGCAACGAAGUCGAGAGAUGCAGAUGAUAGACCUGCAGACGGGGACUCCUUGGGAAUCUGUCACCUUCACGGCUCUGGGCACUGACCGCAAAGUUUUCUUCAACAUCCUGGAGGAAGCUCGAGAGCUAGCCUUGCAGCAGGAGGAAGGGAAGACAGUGAUGUACACAGCCGUGGGCUCUGAAUGGCGUCCCUUUGGUUAUCCACGCCGGCGGCGGCCUCUGAAUUCUGUGGUUCUACAACAGGGUCUGGCUGACCGAAUUAUCAGAGACAUCCGGGAAUUCAUUGAUAACCCCAAGUGGUAUACUGACAGAGGCAUUCCCUACAGACGUGGCUACCUGCUUUAUGGGCCCCCUGGUUGUGGAAAGAGCAGUUUUAUCACAGCCCUGGCUGGGGAACUGGAACACAGCAUCUGCCUGCUGAGUCUCACAGACUCCAGCCUCUCUGAUGACCGGCUCAACCACCUGCUGAGCGUGGCCCCUCAGCAGAGCCUGGUGCUUCUGGAGGACGUGGAUGCUGCUUUUCUCAGUCGAGACUUAGCUGCGGAGGAUCCAGUAAAGUACCAAGGUCUAGGUCGUCUCACCUUUAGCGGACUGCUCAAUGCCUUGGAUGGUGUGGCUUCCACAGAGGCACGCAUUGUGUUCAUGACGACCAACCAUGUUGACAGGCUGGACCCUGCCCUGGUACGUCCUGGGCGAGUAGACCUCAAGGAGUACGUGGGCUACUGCUCACACUGGCAACUGACCCAGAUGUUCCAGAGGUUCUACCCAGGGCAAGCACCUUCGUUGGCUGAAGCCUUUGCAGAACAUGUCCUUCAAGCUACAACCCAGAUCAGUCCUGCCCAGGUGCAGGGCUACUUCAUGCUGUAUAAAAAUGACCCUGCAGGGGCCAUCCAUAAUGUUGAGACUUUGAAGAGAUGA